AUGAAGAAAUAUCUUGACUUAGAAUCGGUUCUCACAAAGAAGGAUUUGUCUCCAUUUAUCUCGACUGAGCACUUGAAGGUUCACCAGUAUACUGUACUUACUGCAGCAGUUACUGAAAUAGAGAAGCAUCUAGAGGAGGACGAAGACUUGCAGAAAGAAGAUUUAGAGACUGCUCAAGAGACAGCUGGUUUCCAUGAUCUCGAACUCAGACAUGCUAUUGGGGCUCUCUUCAAUCAUGUCUUCUUCUUUGGAAUUCUUAACAGUUCAUCAGCAAUCGAGCAGAGAGAACCUGCUGGAAGACUAGCUGAACUAAUCAAUAAACAUUUUACUGACUAUAAUGGACUUAAGGAAAGCUUCAAGAAGGUAGUCAACGCUAGAGUACUUCCCGGCUGGGUAUGGCUUGGCUUAACCAAGGAUAAAUAACUCGUUAUUACCCAAACAAACAAUGAAGAUAACACUUUGAUGCACGGAAUAGCUCUUGUUCAGUGUUUACCUAUCAUAGGACUUGAUCUCUGGGAACAUUCCUACUUUACUCAAUACGAGGGAGACAAAGAGGACUAUGUUAACAGAUUCUGGGACUUCAUCGACUGGGGCAAGGUGAGCGCGAACUUUGAAAGCCACAAUGAACCAACCUACAAACUUGCACCCCUCCUUGAUUGA